UUAUUUUAUUGCUUUCCACUUGCCAAUGGCGGGGUCAGCCGGAUGCUUUUCUCCUUCUCGAAGCUCUGCAAAAAAUAACCUUCUCAGUCACAGACAGCAGAGAAGCCAACACAGCCCACCCUUUCUUUUCUAAUCUAUUUCUCAACCCUUACUCACUCUUUUUUAUUUUUUUAAUCGGUCAAAUUUUGCGAUUCGACGGUUUUGGUUGUUGCUGGCUAACAGCUAACCUUCGUAUAAAAGUUCUGCUUUCACCCACUUAAAACUCUUCUGUGUCUCACGAGCCAGCCUUGUUUGUAUCAUAGUUCCUUCUGUAGCUUUUUUUAUUUGCUUUGCUUCUUCGGUUGGUUCUGGUGAAAAACUGAAGAAAGUUUGAGCUUUGUGUUCAUGGGGUGUUGCUGGGGUUCUCAAAUCAAAGCUGAAAGUACUCUUCACACUGGAACAACUUCGAGAUACCGUAGCCGAGAUGUGAAUGGUUCAAGUGUUUCAUGCAGCAGGGUCUCAUCGGUUUCGGUGCCUCGAACUGAGGGAGAGAUCUUGCAGUCCUCUAAUUUGAAGAGUUUCAGCUUCAAUGAACUGAAAACAGCCACCAGGAACUUCCGUCCAGAUAGUGUUUUGGGUGAAGGUGGAUUUGGUAGUGUCUUUAAAGGCUGGAUUGAUGAGCAUACCUUCGCGCCCGCCAAGCCUGGCACAGGCAUUGUUAUUGCUGUAAAGAGGCUCAAUCAAGAGGGCUUCCAGGGUCACCAGGAAUGGCUGACUGAAAUCAAACACCUGGGGCAGCUGUCUCAUCCUAAUCUUGUGAGAUUGAUCGGUUACUGCUUAGAGGAUGGCCACCGGCUUUUGGUGUAUGAGUUUAUGCCCAAGGGAAGCUUAGAGAACCAUCUGUUCAGAAAAGGCUCUUAUUUCCAGCCGCUGUCAUGGAACCUCCGUAUGAAAGUUGCUCUUGGUGCUGCAAAGGGUCUAGCAUUCCUGCAUAGCAACGAGGCAAAAGUGAUAUUUCGAGACUUCAAAACUUCUAAUGUCCUGCUUGAUUCAAACCACAAUCCUAAGCUCUCUGAUUUUGGGUUGGCCAAGGAUGGGCCAACAGGUAAUGCUAGCCAUGUCUCCACAAGGGUUAUGGGUACCUAUGGGUAUGCAGCUCCAGAAUAUAUAGCCACAGGUCAUUUAACUACCAAAAGUGAUGUAUACAGUUUCGGGGUUGUUCUCCUUGAAAUGUUAACUGGCAGACAAGCAAUUGAUAAGAAUAGGCCAUCAGGAGAGCAAAAUUUAGUUGAAUGGGCUAAGCCUUACCUUCAAAGCAAGCGCAGAAUUUUCCAAGUUAUGGAUCCUCGUAUUGAAGGUCAGUAUUCACGCAGUGCAGCAUUAAAAGCAGCUGCACUCACAUUUGUAUGCCUAUCAUCAGAAGCCAAGUACAGGCCAACCAUGGAUGAGGUAGUAAAAGCAUUGGAGCAACUUCAAGACUCCAAUGACACAGGGUCCUCUGGAAAUGAACCCCCUAAAUGAUCCCAGAUAUAACAGAAAGAGCCCUACGAUGUACAUCUCAACGGAAAAGCUCCCUCCUGGUAGGCCACAAACAACUUCUCCUCUUGGUGCAUAAAAAUGAAGACAAACUUGAUACAUGCUUUAUUGUUUUUGCCGAUUCAAAGGAAAAUGGUGGUGGUAUAUUAGAUGAAUGUAAUCCCUUGAAAAUGUGCAUGUAUAAACAAUAGUUGAUCGGUGUACAGCCUUGUCUAAUAUCUCGAUUGUUAUUGCCUUUUCUUUUUUAAUGGAAUGGGUUUCAAUUUUGGUCAUUAAACCUUCA